UAACAUCAAGUUAGCAUCGGCACGAAAUAGAAGAAUUUUCCUCCUUGAAUGCAAGAGACGAGGAGUUUUUCCCAAACACAUGUCUGACAACUUUGGCUGUCUGUAUGGCUCGGCGACAGACUCUGUGUCAUCCAGGCAAGUGCAGACAAUGAAGGAGAAGACACUUCGGUUAGUCCUUCAGUUCGAAAUAAUGGUUACUGUCACCAAGAUAACAAGAAUGGAGGCUGACUCGUCCAGACUGUGGCAGAGUUUGAGUGUUUCCUUUCCACAAGAAAUGUUGGGUCGUUUUUUGUCCUAUCAGAACAGAACGUAUGACAGACGGUUUGCCCUGAUCAAGGAGAGAAACCUGAGAAAGGUGAGAGCUUUGUCAGAGGAUGUUUUAAGUAGAGUUAGACCUCAAGAAAGGUGGGUUAAGAAUAUUAGUACGACAGAUGUUCCAUCUAGAGUCCUCGAUUUUCUGGCCCUUGGUCCAAAAUUCAGUAUAGAUAUCCCUAUGAAGCACAUUUCGUUACAGAGACUCCUGUCAGAUGUCGAAUACACUAUCAAUAUAAACGACUCACUUACCGAGGAGGGAAAGGAUGUGAAGCGUUCCUUGGCUGCUAACAUUGUAACCAAUUAUAUGAAACCCAAUAAACAAGUGAAGAACAUAUUUCAAAGAGAGUUCUUUCAUUGCAAGAGGUACCUAAGAGAACAUUCUGAAUUGCUAGUUUUGAAAUCAGACAAGGGUAAUGUCACAGUCGUGAUGGACAGAUCUCAAUAUAUGGAACUAUCCAAUAACAUACUUCUCGACCACAAGUAUUAUGAGAUAUUACCCAGAGACCCUACCACAACGAUACAAAAAAAGUGCAACUCAUUCAUCAAGAAGAUGGUAACAGAUGGCCACAUCACACAGAACCAGGGAAAACUCAUGUACAACUAUAGCUCGGUUCCUGCUAGGUUUUAUGGUUUACCUAAAGUGCAUAAACCUACGUUAUCACUGAGACCCAUCAUUUCUUCGAUCAAUACACCCACCUCUAGACUGUCGGUUUUCAUAUCUGAAAUUCUGUCUAGCUAUCUCUCUGCCAACAGGAGCAGCUAUUUUGUCGAGGAUUCCUUCUCCUUUUCAGAAUUCAUCGACGGAUUCCAGUUACCAGAGGGUUAUGUACUCAUAAGCCUGGAUGUUGUGUCUCUAUUUAGUAAUAUAAGUGUUGAACUGGCUGUCUUAGCAGUGGAGACAAGAUGGGAAGCAAUUGGUGAGCAUACUUCCUUACCAAAAAAUGAAUUCAUCUCAAUUGUAAGAUUCCUGUUCGCGUCAAAUUAUUUCACCUUCAAUGGGAGAAUUUACAAACAAGUUCUUGGAUCCCCAAUGGGCUCCAAUUUUAGCCCGUCUAUUGCUGAAGUAGUAAUGGACUUCAUUGUGGAUUGUAUCCUCGGUGAUAUACCUUUCAUUAUUCCAUUCUUAAAGAAAUAUGUAGACGACCUGAUAGCUGCAGUCCCUGAAGAUAAGGUAGCCUUCAUUCGUGACAGAUUUAAUAGACAACAUGAGUGUAUAAAGUUUACUGUUGAGGAGGAGACUGACAUGAGCGUUUCUUUCCUAGACACUAAGGUAAUGAGAACACCUCAAAACAGAUUAAUGCUAGAUUGGUAUAGGAAACCUAGCAGUUCGGGAAGAUAUUUGCAUUUCUGCUCGAAUCAUCCCCAUAGGCAGAAAGUCAACAUGGUUCUAGGUUUAAAAAACCGAAUACAGAAGAUUGCCCACCCCACCUUGAGACAUAACAACCUAAAAAUAUUGUUCGGUUUGAUGCGUGAGAAUGGUUACCCUGAGGGAUUACUGAAGAGAUUAAUCUACAACGCCACUCCUUCUGGACAGCCACAGAACGGAGACAGUGGCGCAUCCACCAGUAAUACACAAAUGAGGACAAUUUACUCAUCCAUCCCCUACGUUAGAGGUAUGACUCAUGCCUUAGUUAACCUCUUAAAAACCCCCAACCUUCAUGUUGUCUCAAGAUCGGAGUUCAGAAUUGAUAGAUUAUACAGUCGUACCAAAGAUAGAAUAGACGUGGGAAAGAUGAGUGGGGUAGUUUAUCGUAUUCCUUGUUCAAUGUGUGACAAAGUGUAUGUGGGUCAAACGUCACAGCAACUGAAACAGAGGAUUUCUCAGCAUAAGAGCGAUACAAAAAACCCGAACAAGAUUUGUGCUCUUGCUGACCAUGUCAGAUUAGAGGAUCACGUGAUGGGUUACGAUUCGGCUGAUGUUUUGGAGUGGGAGUUGAACACUAGGAAGAGAUGUUUCUUAGAGUCAUAUCACAUUAAGCGCCAGACUAAUUCUAUGAACUUCAAGAAGGACAUAGAGGGCGUUAGCAGUAUCUAUGCCUAUUUGAUACACUUCGACUUGUUCAGUGAGAGUGGACUAAGUAUUGUGAGUGAGAGUGAAGUUAAGGAGAAGAACAAGAGGUGA